AUGAGGCAAAGGACUAACCCAGAAAAGGAGGGAAAGAAAGACAGACCCAAAGACAGGAAGAAAUGGAAGAAUAUCGCGCAGAGAGAGAGUGACGUGGACAUCCUCAAUAACCUGAACAAGACGCAGGCAAAGAAAAGAUUCAACAAGAAGCCGAAGAAGGAUAAAGACGCCACUGGGACAGAGGCUUCUGGGAUACAACUCCUGUACAUACACCACAGAGAUGGAGAGUCCCCAGAAAUGCUCAGAAAGCUGGCUAGUGACAACUUUGGCAGUAACAGGAAACCUCGUAGGGUGAACUACUCUUCUUUCAGGUCGCUUAGCGAUGAGUCUAAUAACUAUUCUAGCCCAAGCCCUGAGUCUACUCCAACCGGUCUGUAUGGUUCUAGAAAACGACAGCAGAAAUAUGUAAUUCAUGGAGACUCAAGUGACUCUUCCGUAGGUUCUGUUGAUGAGCAUCCGACGAAACUCAAACACAGAGCCUCCACCUGUUCUCUCUUUUCUUCUGGUGUUAAUUCUAAGAAAACAGUUCGAAAAAGCUCUUCUUUCUUAGGCCCUAGAGUGAAUGACUGGCCGAUGGGGAAGGAAAACAGAACGACUGCAAAUAGAACAAGUCGAUCGACAGACCUCCGAGAACUGCAAAAAGAUCUGAAAAAAAAUGCCCGGGAAAAUCUUCCAGAUGCCAACGAAGUGGCAAAUGGAAAGUAUCCACCAAGAAUAAUUUACAGAAAUGACGAAAGGAAUAGCCAAAAUAAGACAAACUCAGUGGAUAGAUGUAAGAGCAUAAAAAAUAAAGAUGAGAAACCAGUUUCCAACUGGAAUAUCAAAGGUUCUGAGGGAGAUCUACGGCCUUUUGCUAGCUCUGGGGCUUCGACUGCAUCCAGUUCUUGUAGCGGGAGCUUUCUCUUUGAGUCUCUGUCCAAUACCCCUUCUAGUUCCCCAUGCCACAGCUCAGGAGACCAAGACCCUUUGAGUGUCUUAACAGUACAUAAUCCGAUCUUCCAAGAUGACACAGAUCUAAAAACUGGACUCAUUAUAAAAACCACCCACUUUAUGAUGAAUUCUGAAAAAGAAGUGCAUGAAACACAAGCAGAAGUACACAGAUCAGAACCAGAAUAUGACAGAGAGACCCUCUUUGCUCUGACUGAGAUUGAAAAUGCAUGCAGAGAUCAUAGGCUGAGGAGUAAGACUUUCAUCUUUAAUGAUAACAAUUAUACAAUCCAAGAAGAGGAUCAGAAGGAUGAACACAGUGGUGUAGAGGAGUGUUGUGAUAUUAAUCCUACUUUUGAGUCUCCUGUGAAACAGGGUGUUGCUCAGUCUCCAUGUCUCUCCACUUUCCCUAAGCCACCACCACCUCCUCCUCCACCUCCUCCACCAUCAGUUCCUGCUCCUAAAUUGCCCCCUAAUCUUACUUCCUCUCCUCCUAAAUCAUCUUUCUAUGAAAGGCCAAAUCUCCAGAGACAAAAAUCUACAGACACAUCUGAUGGAUGUGAUUUGCAGAACCCUACACCUAAAGCUGGUGACAGAGUUGGUGAGAUAAAGUUGAGAAAAAUGAGCAUCACAUCAGAAUCAUCAUCAAAGGAAGCCCGCUCAAAUGGACUUUUAAAUACAGGAACGAUGAGUCGUCCAGAGAGAAAAAGCAAUAAGUCUCCUCCAGAACCUAAGAUUAAACUCUACAUGAAAGGAAAUGGCACUGUCACUAAUUCUACAGACACUCAGAAUAAGAACUUUGAAAUUGUUAUUUUAGAUGAGCAAGAAAAAGACAAGUUCAGCGUGCAGAAUUGGAUAUUAAAACAAAACGCCAUCGAAGGUGGAUCGCAGCCAGCCUCAUCUGAUGUCCCUUCAAAGAAAACUAAAAAGGAAAGGAGCUUUGGAUCUGGGACACUGACCAGAGUUAAGAGUUCCCUAGAGAAUUUACUUCAGAAUCAGAAUUCCAGAGGAAAAGAUGCUGCUCAGUUGGAUCCACCUUCCACGAAAGCACAGAAAACAAAGACCAAUACUCUCAAGAAGGAAAAAAAAGGGAAGAAUAGCCUGAUUGAUGAUGCGAGUAAAACUUACAGAAUUCGUGGGAGAGACAUAAGUAAGCCGGUGUCGUUAGUUAAGAUAACUCCCCCUGAACCCUUAAAUGAACCUAAAACUAAUUAUGAUACCAUGAGUGAUACCUCUGAGAUUACUGGACCCCCUUGGGAACAGGGAGAUGUCAAGAGGGGUGACUUGCAAGGAAAAGCAAGAAGGAAUCAUGGUGAUAUUUCUGGUGGUCCCAUGUACAGCAAGUGCCCUACAUCAGGGGUGUUAAAUUGUGAUAAAUGUGAAAACAAAACUAAAAAGACAAACUUCAGUGAGAAUACAGUAUAUAUGUUGGAUUCUAGCAAAAUUGCUAGAAAAGAGUGUAUGUUUCUAGGUGAGUCGCAUAAAGAAUCUCACUACAUCAUUGAAACUCCCGCACAACUUCCAAAAUUGCCCAUCAGACACAUCAGCUUGAGGGAUGUUGUUGUCCCAUUCUCAGAAAAGGUGCAGGGUAAUGGCAGUGAUUAUUCUGCCAAGAACAAAGAAACCUCUAACCAUGGAAAUGCCAAACCUCCAAAGGGCAUUUUAAAGAAGGCAAAUACUGAAAGCUCUCAUGCCCCUCCACUUCCCAGGAAGAAGAGACGGCCUCAGGGUAAUGUCGUUACUUACUGCUUGCCCUCAUCUCCUUCAAUGAGGACCUCCAGAUCUGGAGAGGAGAAAACUAAAGUUGAGGGGAAAGGGGAAGUUGACCAAAAGAACAGGAGUAGAGAGUAUUCUUUUGGAGAACUGGAUCACCACCUUCUGGGGUCUGUGCGACCUCUGGGGUCAGUACGACCUCCACCACCUCCAUUACCUCCGCGCAAGUCCAUCAAGAAAAGUUCGCUCUCCCUCUCCCUGUAUCUCUACCUCUUCCUCUACCAUUAUCGCUCCCUCUGCCUCGAUCGUUGGCCCACUACCUCGUCGAGACCAUUCAGUUUUUAA